AUGUCCGGCCGCCCGCCCCCCGGAGCUGCCUCAAGCUCCCAUCACAACCCCAACGAGGACCUGCUCCUCGAUCUCGACAAUGACCAGCCCAUCUACAACUCGGGCCAGCGCUCGGCUCUGACAGAUGAUGACCUUAUGCGAUCGCACAACUAUGACCAGGAUGGCAUAGCCCCCUCACGCCCCUCGGUCUCGUACGACGACUUCAUCGGCUCCUCCUCCUCCCAACCCAGACACUCCGCCGGCAGACCUCCACCAAGCUCGGGGCUUUCUGCGCCGGGUCCAUCGUCGCGGCCAGUAGGCCCGUACAGCACGGCCGAGAUCAACCGGCAGUACAGUCAGACAUCAGACCUGGGUAACUACCAGCGCUAUGCCGACGACUAUGAUGACUACCCGGACGAGGGCACCUCCUACUACCAGCACGGUGGCGCCGGCGGCGAGCCGUCCUCCGGGAGAGCAAAUGCGAGGCAGCGUAACAGCGUGCUCAGCCUGGGAGGCGGCUUUCUGGGUCGCGUCAAGAACCGUCUGGGCAUGGGCCAGGGCUACUCCGAGAUGGACCUCCCCCUGACGGAGUCGCGAACGGGACAUAGGACAGACACGGGCAGCGGCGAGAUACCAGCCCAGCCGGAGAAGAAGAAGUUUGACUUUGGCAACUUCCGGUUUGGCUUUGGCCGGUCCAAGCCUGACCCGUCAACCCUCGGCCCGCGCAUCAUCUACCUCAACAAUCCGCCAGCCAAUGCCGCCAACAAAUAUGUCGACAACCAUGUGUCGACGGCCAAGUACAACUUCGCUACUUUCUUACCCAAGUUUCUGUUCGAGCAGUUCUCCAAGUUCGCCAAUAUCUUCUUCUUGUUUACUGCUGGCUUGCAGCAGAUUCCCGGAUUGUCGCCAACCAACCGUUACACUACUAUCGGCCCCCUGAUUGUCGUGCUGCUUGUCUCGGCCGGCAAAGAACUGGUCGAAGACUACCGCCGCAAACAGGCCGAUAAGGCCCUCAACAUGUCCAAGACCCGCGUCCUGCGCGGUACGACUUUCCAGGAGACUAGGUGGAUCAAUGUUGCCGUCGGCGACAUUGUGCGCGUGGAAUCGGAGGAACCUUUCCCGGCUGAUCUCGUUCUGCUGGCUAGUUCGGAGCCUGAGGGUCUGUGUUACAUCGAGACGGCUAAUUUGGAUGGUGAGACCAACCUCAAGAUCAAGCAGGCUCUGCCUGAGACCGCGUCGUUGGUCAGCUCUACCGAGCUGAGCCGCCUGGGAGGCCGUUUGCGUUCUGAACAGCCCAACAGCAGCCUGUACACAUAUGAGGCCACCCUAACACUGCAGACCGGAGGCGGCGAGAAGGAGCUGCCCCUGAACCCCGAGCAGCUGCUUCUCCGUGGCGCUACCCUACGCAACACCCCCUGGAUUCACGGCGUCGUCGUCUUCACCGGCCACGAGACCAAGCUGAUGCGCAAUGCCACCGCGGCCCCCAUUAAGCGCACCAAGGUCGAGAAGCAGCUCAAUAAGUUGGUCCUGAUGCUCGUCGGAAUGCUCAUGGUUCUCAGCGUCAUCUCGACUGCCGGUGACCUGAUUAUGCGUGGCGUUGCCGGUCGCAGCUUCGAGUACCUCGAUCUGGAUGGCAUUACCGGCGCCAUUGCUGUCUUCAAGAUCUUCAUCAAGGAUAUGGUCACCUACUGGGUCUUGUUCUCGUCGCUCGUGCCCAUCUCGCUAUUCGUCACUCUGGAAAUGGUCAAGUACUGGCAUGGUAUAUUGAUUAAUGAUGAUCUGGAUAUAUACUACGAUGUCACGGACACCCCGGCGAACUGUCGAACGUCGAGCUUGGUUGAAGAGCUUGGCAUGGUCGAGUACGUCUUUUCCGACAAGACGGGUACCCUGACGUGCAAUCAGAUGGAGUUCAAGGCGUGCUCAAUCGCCGGCGUCAUGUACGCCGAGAGUGUGCCCGAGGACCGUGUCGCAACGAUAGAGGAUGGCGUCGAAGUUGGCAUCCACGACUUUAAGCGGCUCAAGGACAACCUCAAGAACGGUCACCCCACCGCCCAGGCCAUCGACCACUUCCUGACUCUCCUCGCUACCUGCCACACCGUCAUCCCUGAGCAAAAGGACUCCGGUGAAAUCAAGUACCAAGCUUCCUCACCCGACGAGGGCGCGCUGGUCGAAGGCGCCGUGCAGCUGGGUUAUCGGUUCCUGGCGCGCAAGCCUCGUGCUGUCAUCAUCACUGUCAAUGGUCAGCAGCUAGAGUAUGAGCUGCUCGCAGUCUGCGAAUUCAACUCAACCCGCAAGCGCAUGUCGACUAUCUACCGCUGCCCAGACGGCAAGAUUCGGAUCUACUGCAAGGGUGCCGAUACCGUCAUUUUAGAGCGUCUCAACGACCAGAACCCGCACGUCGACCAGACACUGCGUCAUCUGGAGGAGUAUGCUUCAGAGGGUCUGCGCACCCUGUGCCUUGCUUUCCGGGAAGUCCCCGAACAAGAGUUCCAGGAGUGGUAUCAGGUCUAUGACAAGGCACAGACGACUGUCGGCGGUACCCGUGCCCAGGAGCUGGACAAGGCAGCUGAAAUCAUCGAGAAGGACUUCUAUCUACUUGGCGCUACGGCCAUUGAAGACCGUCUUCAGGAUGGCGUGCCCGAGACAAUCCACACCCUCCAGGAAGCCGGCAUCAAAGUCUGGGUCUUGACCGGCGACCGUCAGGAAACGGCCAUCAACAUCGGCAUGAGCUGCAAGCUUCUCAGCGAGGACAUGAUGCUACUGAUUAUCAAUGAGGAGACGGCUGAGGCGACACGCGACAACAUUCAGAAGAAGCUGGACGCCAUCCGCGCGCAGGAACAUGGUACCGUCGAGAUGGGCACGCUGGCACUGGUCAUUGAUGGCAAGAGCUUGACAUAUGCGCUGGAACGGGAUCUAGAAAAGAUGUUCCUCGAUCUGGCCAUCAUGUGCAAGGCGGUCAUUUGCUGUCGCGUGUCGCCGCUGCAGAAGGCUAUGGUCGUUAAGCUGGUCAAGAAGUACCAGAAGGAGUCGAUCCUGCUGGCCAUUGGUGAUGGCGCCAAUGAUGUGUCUAUGAUCCAGGCUGCCCAUAUCGGAAUUGGUAUUAGCGGCGUGGAGGGUUUGCAGGCAGCAAGAAGUGCCGAUGUGUCGAUUGCGCAAUUCAGGUAUCUGAGGAAGUUGCUGCUGGUCCAUGGCGCGUGGAGCUAUCACCGGGUUUCGAAGACGAUUCUGUUCUCGUUUUACAAGAAUAUUACUCUUUAUUUGACGCAGUUCUGGUACACCUUCGAAAACGUCUUCUCCGGAGAAGUCAUCUACGAGUCCUGGACGCUCUCCUUCUACAACGUCUUCUUCACCGUCCUUCCGCCCCUCGUCCUCGGCAUCCUCGACCAGUUCGUCUCCGCCCGUCUGCUCGACCGCUACCCGCAGCUCUACUCCCUUGGCCAGAACAACACAUUCUUUCGUAUCAAGGUCUUUGCCGCGUGGAUCGCCUCAGCCAUCUACCACUCCAUCCUGCUUUACAUCGGCGGCUCGCUGUUCUUCCUUGGCGUGCAGAACGCCGAGGGCUUCCCUGCUGGCAAAUGGGUCUGGGGUACAGCGAUGUAUGGCGCUGUGUUGCUCACUGUCUUGGGCAAGGCCGCGCUGGUGACGAAUAAUUGGACCAAGUGGCACGUCGUCGGUAUUCCGGGGAGCAUGCUCUUCUGGCUGGUCUUUGUGGGUGUCUACGGUACGGUGGCGCCCAAGCUGGGCUUCUCGAUGGAGUUUUUUGAGGUCAUCCCGAGAUUAUUUUCAAAUCCGAGCUUCUGGCUGCAGAUGCCCACACUGGCGAUUCUGUGUUUGGCGAGGGACUUUGCCUGGAAGUUUAGCAAGCGCCUUUGGAAGCCGGAGGCCUAUCACCAUGUGCAAGAGAUUCAGAAGUAUAAUAUUCAGGAUUAUCGGCCUAGGAUGGAGCAAUUUCAAAAAGCCAUCCGCAAAGUGCGCCAGGUGCAGCGCAUGCGCAAGCAGCGCGGCUAUGCCUUCUCCAUGGCCGACGAGUCGCAGACACGUGUAUUGCAGGCUUAUGAUACGACAAGACAUCGCGGGCGGUAUGGCGAGAUGGCGAGUUCAAGAACUAUUGGGAUUGCCCAGUAA